AUGUCUGUUAGUCUAUUCCUUAUCUAUCUGUCUAUCACAGUCUAUUCCUUAUCUAUCUAUCUAUCUAUCUGUUCUGGCUUGCUUCCAUAUUUUUUUUUCCAUUUCUUUUUUUCUUUCUUGCUUGGCCUUUCUUUAUUUUUCUUUCUCUCUUUAUUUUUCUUUCUCUCUUUAUUUUUCUUUCUCUCUUUUAUUUUUUUUUCUCUUUUAUUUUUCUUUCUCUCUUUAUUUUCUUUUUUUUAUUUUUCUUUCUCUUUAUUUUCUUUCUCUCUUUAUUUUUCUUUCUCUCUUUAUUUUUCUUUCUCUCUUUAUUUUUCUUUCUCUCUUUAUUUUUCUUUCUCUCUUUAUUUUUCUUUCUCUCUUUAUUUUUCUUUCUCUCUUUAUUUUUCUUUCUCUCUUUAUUUUUCUUUCUCUUUUUAUUUUUCUUUCUCUCUUUAUUUUUCUUUCUCUUUUAUUUUUUCUUUCUCUCUUUAUUUUUCUUUCUCUCUUUAUUUUUCUUUCUCUCUUUAUUUUUCUUUUUCUUUUUAUUUUUCUUUCUCUCUUUAUUUUUCUUUCUCUCUUUAUUUUUCUUUCUCUCUUUAUUUUUCUUUCUUUUUGACUUGCCUCAAUUUUUCUUUUAUUCUAUUUAUUUCACUUUCUUAUUUUUUCUUUCCUUCUUUUUUCUUUUCUUUUUCUCUUUUUAUUUUUCUUUUUUAUAUCUUUUUUUGUUUUGUUUUUCCUUUUUUGAUCAUUAUUUUUCUUUUUGAACUUAUUUCUUGUUUUUGUUUUUUUUUCACUUUCUUCUUUCUGUUAAUCUUUCUUCUUUAUUCACUUUAUCUUUAUCUUUCUUUCUUGACAUCGCUGACAUUUUUCACUUUGUUCUCUGAUUCUUUCUUUUUAUCACCUUUUUCUUUUUCUUCAGUUUUCUUUGCUUUCCUUCUUGUUUUCUUCUUUUCAUGUUUGCUUCUUUUCCUCAUUUAUUUUUUAUUUUUCUAUUAUCUUUUUCCUUCUUUUUGUUUUCUCUUUUCUUUAUUUCUUUUCUUUCUUUUUUUUUUUUCUUUUCUUUCUUUUUUUUUUUCCUUUUCUUUCUUUUUCUUUUCAUUUUUUUCUUUUGCUUUUUCUUUUCUUUUCUUUUCUUUCUUUUUUCUUUUCUUUUCUUUUUCUUUUCUUCUUUUUCUUUUUCUUUCAUUUUUUUUUUUUCUUUUCUUUUCUUUUCUUUUUUCUUUUCUUUUUUCUUUUCUUUUCUUUUUUUUUUUUUUCUUUUCUUUCUUUCUCUUUCUUUCUUUUUCUUUUUCUUUUCUUUUUCUUUUCUUUUCUUUUUCUUUUUUUCUUUUUUCCUUUUCUUUGUUUUCUUCUUUUCAUUUCUUUGCUUUUCUUUUCCUUUUCUUUUAUUUUUUUUUUUCUUUUAUUUUCUUUUCCUUCUUUCUUUGUUUUUCUUUUUUCUUUGUCUUUUCUUUUCUUUUGUCUUUUCUUUUUCUUUUUUUUCUUUUCUUUGUCUUUUCUUUCUUUUCUUUUUUUUUCUUUUCUUUUCCUUUUCUUUUCUUUUCCUUUUCUUUUCUUUCUCUUUUCUUUUCUUUUCUUUUUCUUUCUUUUCCUUUUCUUUCUCUUUUUUCUUUUCUUUUUCUCUUUUCUUUUCUUUCUUUUCUUUUCCUUUUUCUUUUCUUUUUCUUUUCUUUUCUUUCUUUUCUUUCUUUUCUCUUUAGUUUUUUCUUUCUUUUCUCUUUUCUUUUCUCUUUUCUUUUCUUUUCUUUUCUUUUUUCUUUUCUUUUCUUUUCUUUUCUUUUCUUUUUCUUUUUCCUUUUCUUUUCUUUUCCUUUUCUUUUCUUUUCUUUCUUUUCUUUUCUUUUUUUCUCUUUUCUUUCUCUUUCCUUUUCUUUCUUUUUUCUUUUCUCUUCUUUUUUCUUUUCUACUUAUUUCUACAUUCUUAUCCCAUUUUUCAUUUACAUCCUUCUCUUCAGUUUCUUACUUUCUUUUUUUUCUUCUCGUUCCUUAUCAUUUUUCCUUCUUCCAAGUCCUUUUUUUAUCAAUCUUUACAAUUUAUUCUCCUCUACUUCUGCUUCUUCUUUCUUUCUCCACUGUCUAUUUUCUACACUGAUCAUUCUCACAGUCCAUCGAGGUUUCAAUUCACUGAGCAUAUCUCACUAG